GGAAAAGAGUGGAGUAGAGAGAGAGAGAGAGAGAGCGCACUCCGAUGCACGCGGCUCGAACGGAGGGAGGCAGCGCUGUACGGCCUUUUUACUGGUGCAGGCCUGCAGGCUGCGCGAGCGCGUGGGAUUUUUACCUCUCCUCCACCACCCUCCCCGCUGUUUCCUCCGUGAGUGGUUGUGCUCCACGGCUGCUCCCUCCUUGUUCGUCGUCCUCCCGGCCCUGGUCUUGAGCUAGCACUCCGGGCACACCAGAUCAGAGAGAGCGAGCGCCUCCACGUGCCUUCCGGCGUAGCGUCCGAGAGGCGCGCGGUGCUUCCAGGAUGAGCAAGGAGGAUGUCCUCAAGGUGCAGACUCUGGUGCUGCGAGUGAACAUCCACUGCGAUGGGUGCGAGAGGAAGGUCAAGAAGACCCUCCACAAGAUCGACGGCGUGUACCAGAGCAGCGUCGACGCGGAGCAGGGGAAGGUGACGGUGUCCGGCUUGCUGGAUCCGGACACCAUCAUCCGGAAGCUCAGCAAGGCCGGCAAGCCCGCCCAGCUCUGGGGCGCCAAGGCCGGCGGCGUGCCUCAGAACGGCCACCAUGGCGGUGGCGGGGUCAAGGGCCAUUCCAAGGACGCCGGCGGCGGCAAGGGCCAGAAGGGUGGAGGGGGUGGUGGCGGUAGCCACAACAAGGGUGGCGGCGGCGGCGGGGGAAAGGAUGCGAAGAUGGUGCUGCCACAGCCGACGCCGCAGCAGCUCCAGCAGCUGCAGAUGCAGAUGCAGAUGAAGGGCCUGAAGCUUCCGCCGGAGCUUUUGGGCGGCAAGAUGCCGGCGUUCGCCGGGGCGGCGCCGCUCAAGGACCCCAAGACCGUUAAGUUCGCCCUCCCCAAGGACAACUUCGACGACGACGGCAGCGAGUUCGACGAUGACUUCGACGACUACUACGACGACGAGGACUAUGACGACGACGGCCUCGACGACGACUUCUACGACGACCCCAAGAUGAUGAUGAAGCCCAUGGCUAUGCCGCCGGGCGCCGGCGGGGGCGACAGGAAGGGCGGUAACGGCGGCGGCGGUAAGAAGGGUGGCGGCGGGAACGAGAUCCCGGUGCAGAUAAAGGGAAACGCCCAGGCCAACCACGGCGGUGGUAAAAACGGGGGCGGUGGUCAGGCAGGCCAGGGGAAGAAGGGCGGCAGCGGCGCCGUCGGUGUCGGUGGCCCGAUGGGCGGCAUGCUGCCUCAACAGGCCAUGAUGAGGCCUAACAUGAUGGGUGGCGCCGGCUUCCCCGGCACGGGCCAGAUGGGCGGCGGUCCCAUGAGCGUGCCGAUGGGCCACCCACACAUGGGUAUCAUGCAGCAGGGUGGCAGUGGCGGUGCCGUACAGGGCAUGCCAGCGCCGGGGUUCUACCAGGGAGGUGCGGGCGCCGGUGGCGGUGGCAUGCCGUCCGGUGCAGAGAUGCUGCAGGCCGCGGCGGCGGCCGGGAACCCCAUGGCUCAGCAGCAGUACAUGUUGAUGCAGCAGCGGCAGAUGAUGAUGAAUGGCCAUGGGCACGAGCCGCACGGCCAUGGUCACCACCACAACCACGGCUACGGCGGCCGCCCACCGAUGCAUUAUCCCAUGGCCUACCCAAUGCCGCCGCACUCGCACGCCGAGCAAUACAACAUCUUCAGUGAUGAGAACCCCAACAGCUGCUCGGUGAUGUGAGGGGGAAGAGAUGCAGGCGGCAGGCCCGUCUCUUCAUCUUGCUGCUCUAUUCAAACUGAAUCAAGUGAAGUUACUGAAGGCGAUCAUCGAUCAGCAUCACCAUUCACCAAUUCACCAUGGUUGAAGCUCCCUGGGUGAAUCAGUAUACAUGAGAAAUGUGUCCCAGCUGGAACCUACCCUCCUUUCCCUUUUCUCUUUCGCUUUUCUUCUUAUCUUAUUUUCCGCUUUUCUUUCAAGAAAAGGAACUUCCUUGAAUGCGAAGGUAGGUAUAGUAAUUAUGGUAGUUGUCAUAAGGGAAGAGAUAAAUGCUGUUAAUCUCUCAGUAACUCAGUGUGCAUAUGUUGUGGUUUCCAUUCUAACUAUAUAAUGGUCAUGGAAGUUCUACAAUAA